UCUCGAUUGAGGCCAGUUCAGCCAUAUGGAACAAGGACUAUCUGUCCAGUGUAGAUUGUGAACACCAUAAGUCAUACAUCUCCAGUCCUUCAUCCCCGACACCUCGUCAUCUCGCAAACCACGCCACAAACAGAACGACAACUUGCGCAUCAUUCAAGCCUCACCUUAACCCUCAAAAUGCCCAGCAUGUGGCUCACAGAUAUGCAGAAGAUUGGCGUGGCUUUCUGCUCAGGAGGUAAUGCGCAGCACUUAAACCCUGGAGUGAGCGGCAACAAUUGACAGCAGCAGGUGGACUGUUCUUGACUGGUGGUGUCCUUAUGUUCUUCGACCGUUCGAUGCUAGCGAUGGGCAAUAUCCUUUUCCUGAUCGGUUUGACCCUUAUUAUCGGCAUUCAGAAGACCUUCGUCUUCUUCGCAAGACGACAAAAGCUCAAAGGAACAGCUGCUUUCAUGGGUGGCAUCCUCCUCAUCCUGAUCCGCUGGCCCCUAACAGGAUUUCUGAUCGAGCUCUAUGGUAUAUUUGUCCUCUUUGGAGAUUUCUUCGCAACCAUCGCAUCCUUCGCAGGCAAUAUCCCUAUUGUGGGCCCAUAUAUACAAAUGUUGCUGCAAAAGAUAUCCUCUGGAAGAAGGAACGCAGAAUUGCCAGUAUGAAAGUGUACACCAUUGGACGACACCUGAUUUUGAGCGCUUUCUACCAACCCCUAUUGGAAUGGAAUGUAACACUCGAAGGAAUCAUCAUUUUUAUCCCUACUGUCCAUCUCUAGCAUAAUCAGACCUCUGAGGGAUUUACGGCUUUCUUGGGUAUCACACUCAACGACCACAACAGAAAUUUUCGUUGUCGACCUUACUGGUUAAAGAUGCAUCCUCUCAAAGUCCACCAUAUCCGAGUCCGCUUACAUCGCCGGAUCCGCUACCAGGCCACCCCAGAAACCCUUGGGCAUUGACAUCAGGCGCCGUGGCAAGCAGAUCAUAACCCAUGCCCAUACUCCAGAGCAUAUCAUCUUCAGUCUGCCAGCCGCCGAACGUCCCAGUCGAAGUGGGUUGGCUAUUAGGCGAGAGAUAGGCAUCAUAACUACCGCCAGCAUUUGGGUGGGACUGAGAUUGCGGUGUAUAUGCAUUCGGAGACAUGGUAUUGUGCUGCGGAGCAAGGAUGGUUGGUGUGUUUGCGCUAUACAUGUCUGAAGGAGGUUGUUGAGCUAUUGGUUGUGCAGGAUGGGCAAAGCCCCCAGCUUGUUGGCUGUUGGGCCGUGUACUCGCGGGACUCUGUCCGUAAGCAUUGCCAUUCUCUGCUUUUACGGUUGCAACCUGUCCCAUAUUGCUGCGGAGCAAUCUCUCAAAGCCGUCGGCCAUGGCAUACAGAAUGUGAUUCUUGCCAGCUCUACAGCUCCGGAAUAAAGAGAUUACCGCUUCGAUCAACGGCUUUGUCUUCUGCUCGGGAUUGAUGGAAACGCCAAUGCCAGCCCAUCGGGACGACAUCUUGAUGAGGAAGACCACGGCAAAUGCGAUGACGGUAUGUAGGUAUAACGGCACACCAACCAUGGAGUCUCGUAUCGAAGGUUCGUCGAGCACAGUGAUAAGGAUCUGAUGCGCUGAGUUGAUAGCCUGAGAGGCCAAUGGGCGAAGACUGCUCGGCAGCGUUGAGGUCGAUGAGAUGGUGAACAGCGAUCGGCCUCUUAGCGCGAGGGAGUUGAGCAUCAUCGAGGCAAAGUAAUAAUGUAAAUCGACACCUAGACGUCAAUGUUGUCAGCUGUGUCUCAUCAUCCCUAUGCCAAUGCUAUGCUGAGAUCUCCUUUAGGAUUCAGGGCAAAUUAUAC